ACAACAACAGCAAAAGCGACAAGCAGCGCGGCGAAUGCUGCUGGCAAAGCAAUAAGCAAAGAAGUAAAGUGUGAUACGCGAAUUGAUGUGAAGUGUAAAGUGCGUGCAAUUUGAAUUGGAGCAGCGACACCAGCAGAGACAGCGACAGCGACAGCAACAGCACCAAAAGCAGCAGCAGCAGCAGCAGCAGCGGCAGCAGGAACACCGACAGCGACCGCGACAGCGACAGCGAGAGCAAUUGGCCUGCGGCGUAACUUUAACCAGCACGUUCCAAAACUCUAGACGAAUGUGUGAGCGUGUGUUGUGUGUGUGUUUGUGUGUGUGUGCUGUAUGGUCUACCCACCUGCCGCAUAAGCAAAUCGAGCACGUUAAUUAAAUGUCAACAGAUUCAAAGUUGAGAAGCGCGCGGGACGCGAAAGGACGCGGAGCUGGAGAAGAAACAGAAACUGAAACCGAAACCGAAGCUGAGAAAGAAAUAAAAAGACGACAGCAACGAAUUGAAAUUGUGCAAAAUGUUUGCAUGACUGUCAAAUAAAUCAUAAGAAGCAGCGAUAAAGAAACAACAACAGCUACAACACUAACAACAACAACAACAACAACUACAACGCUCACAACCUACAACAACAAGGAGCAAACAUGGUUAAUGCUGUGAUGGAUGCCAUUGCGCUGCUCAGUUCGCUGGCAAGUGAUUUGGAUGUAAUGUUGAAUGAUUUGCGAUCGUCGCCGAAUCAUGGUACAGCAGCAACAACAACAACAACAGCAAUGGCAUCAAUAAACCAACAACAACAACAGCAGCAGCAACAGCAACAACAACAACAGCAUACAAGGCAAUUGCAGUUGCAACAUUGGCAAGCCAUGAGCAACAGCAACAACAACAAGCAAUGCAACAACAACUACAAUAAUAAUAACAACAGCAGCAAGUACAACAACAACACACAACUGCCACGCCCACAAUGCCUCAGUGAUAUCAAAUUGCGGGCGGCGAAAACGGCCAGAACCACGACAGCAACAUCAACAACAACAACAACAAUUGCAGCAGUCGCAGCAACAACACUGCAGCAGCAACAACAACCACAUCAACAACAACAAUCAUCGAAUGGCUUUCAACGUCGCCGCCUGACAGCAAAACCAACGCCGCCGUCACCACAGCGUCGUCCAACGCGUCGACUGCGCAGCGAACUGCAGCAACAGCAGCAGCAUCAACAGCAGCAGCAGCAGCAGCAGCAGCAGCAGCGGGCAGAGCUUGAAGCAGACGCAGAUACGGAUGCGAGCGACGUUGCUAAUAUGACGUCACCGUUAAGUGCAAGUGCGGCAGCAACGCGCAUCAUUGGCCUAUCGCCGGACGUCAAGAAACUGCACAAGUUGCCGCUUUGGUGCCGCAACAGCAGCAACAGCAACCACAACAGCAACCACAACAACAACAACAGCAGCAGCAGCAGCGCUGUCGGCAGCGCAGUUGCAGCGCAACGUCGUCUUACAACGACAACAACAACGACGAGAAUUAGUCAGAGUCAGUUUCAUAGCAUGUCGCAAGAACAGUUAACGAGCUGUGUGGAUGCCACAGCUGUUGCAGCCGCUGCUGUUGCAGAGGAUACAUCAAAAGUGGAGGUCAUUGUGUACACAAAAUCGGACAAAACACUUAAACAGAAUAUGAAUGCCAAGGAUGAGACAUUAAGGAAACGCACCUCAUUGAUAAUUGUGCCACAACAGGUGGAUGACAUGCUCGAAAGCUCCGAUCACAUUGAGAAUGGCAAUCGCAAUUCGAUUGCCAGCAUGGAUAGUUGUGUCUCCACAAACACGAGCCAAAGCAAUCAGUCGAGUGGCAGCUCCACUUCCAGUUCCAGUUCCAGUUCCGAGGAUGCUCAUGCCGCCUAUCAGGAUCUGCAGAAUGGCAAUGCGGAUGGAAAUGAUCUAGCUACAUUGCAUUCUCCCAGCUGCUCAUCCACCACAUCUGAAUCGACUUCAUGCUGCAGCUCUGUGGACUAUUCACUACGCGAACAAUUGCAGAAUUUUGCCAAUCGCACUGAGGAUCAAUUGAAAAAUGAUUUGCCAACUGCUGCACAACUGUUGAAGGGCAUGAGUUUGCCCAUGGAUCAGACUACUACAGUGGCAGCUGCACCACAUUGUGAUGCCCUGUUGAGUCCACAGGAGGUUCCACUGGGUCGUCGAUAUGCCGAAGUGGCACAGUUCAAGUCACACGGCAAGGCGAGAACAAGUGAACAGUUGCCAUCUGCUGCCGCAGCCAAUGUUGUUGCAACAUCGGGCAUUGCCACGCCCAACACAGACAAAACAGAGGCUGCAGUUUCCACCAUCAAAAGCAACAACAACUUUAAUAUUAACAACAACAACAACAACAACAAAAGCAGCAGCAACAAUGCGUCACAAUCACAUAAAUCUCAAACGAACAACAACAACAGCAACAACAGUGGAAAUGGCAACAAAUUGAAUGGCCAAACAAAUCUUGGCUCAAACAAUCUUAACAAUAACGUUAACAACAACAACAACUUGGCCAUGACCGCAACUAGCCAAGUUGAUGCCACAAAUGGUGACAGUCGCCGAAGCAGCAGCCUCGAGCCAGAUGCCGAUGAUGUUGUUGACCUGGCCCAUGGAGGCGCCUUCGAGGACGACAUGCAGGCCCUGUUGCCCAAGUGCACGCGCCGCUCGAGAGAUGAGCUCAGUCAGUCACGCACAUCUCUCGUCUCCAGUUCGGAGGGCGGCAUUUUGGCCGAGGGCGAAACAUCGAGUGAUGAGGAGAGUUCCCGCGAUUCCAGCGACAAUUCACCGCCCUGCGAUUUGGGCCUUAUGGAGCGAUUGCUGUUAACGCAUCCCAUGUGGUUUCUGCCCGGCAUUCAACGUUCCGGCGCCGUACAUUUGCUGCAAGGAAAGGAGGAAGGGACAUUCAUUGUGCGUGGUUCAAGUCAACCGAAUACAAUGGCGGUUUCAGUGCGUCUGCCUCAGGAUACAGGUCCAUAUAUUGAACACUAUCUGAUUCAAUCGCAGGAUAACAUCUUGAGCCUGGAGAGUUCACGCUUCAAAUUUGGCUCGAUCCCAGCGUUAAUUGCCCAUUAUGCACAGUGUUGCGAUGAGUUGCCGGUUCAGUUGAUGUUGCCUCGUGUGCUGCGUGAGGCGAACAAUCGAAAGAAGCUGUCAUCUCUCGCAUUGUUGGGUCAGGAGUUCUGGAGCUAUGCGAGCAGUCCGGCAGUGUUGGGUCCACCCAUUGUCGGCAAGAGUUUGACAACAGCUUCAACUUUUGUGGAGCAACAACAGCAACAGAUUCUCUUGGAUGCCAAGUCACCGUUAUCAUUGACAGAGACAAGUGGCCUGGGCACCGCAACGUUCUUUAGCGAUGGUAAGCCGCCACAAAUGGCGGUGGCACCACCGCCAUCCAUGUUUAGUCCCACUGGAAGUGGACAACUGUUGGGUUUCUUUAGCCAGGCGGGCACACCCUCUGAUACAAACUCAAGCAUGAGUUCGUUCUCCACGAGCGGAGGACAGCAGAUGCAACAGCUGUUGAGUCCCAAUUCGGUGGAUUCAGUUAUACUCACCAUGUCGCCGGUGGAUGCACAGACCUAUCUGCCGGGUGCACCAGUUGGUGGUGCGGCUCCAUUGGAGGCAGCACAGCAACCACCGUUGGCAACGCACGGCAGCAACAAUCUGAGCACGUUCAAGACAACGACAGCAGGAGCGUCAAGCAUUACGGAAAUGGAGCAAGUGCGUCCACAGCGACCAAAGCCACCAAAUACAUUGAAUCUCAAGCCGCCGGCACCGCCAAUGCGCUGGUCAAAGCCACAUUCGCCGGAUCAGUUGGCCAACAAUUUCACAGUGACCACAACAGUUACAUUCUCCAUGGAGAACAAUGGAAAUGCAGCUGGUGUCGGUGCAGGAGUUGCUCCCGUCUCUGGCAACGCUAAUUCCAAAGCGAAUCCCGCUCAAUUUGUUGAGGUUACAACACCCGCAUCGAGCAAUCCCUUCAAUGCUCUUCUCAAUUCCCAGGCCAGCACGAGCACGUUCCAGACAUUUGCCAAGCGUCUGUCGCCCGAGGGUGAGUGCAAGGAUACGUUGUCCUCGCAGGGCACGUCCUCCUCCAACGAUAGUCGCUGGCACUCGCAAUCGCAAUCGCAGUCGAGUCGCGAUUCCAGUCACAGUCAACGCAAGAUUCUCUCGCCAUUGACGCCAAAUGGCGCUGGAGUGUUACCAGGACAGAGCACUGGCAGCAGCAGCAGCAAAUCCCGUAAAUCACGUAUACGCAAGGAGUCAAAGCAUUACCAGGAAUCAGAUAUUUUGGAGAGUCCACCGGUGCCGUAUUGUGCCAGUGCUUUGAGCGAUAAGAUGAGCGACUAUGAGGAUCUCUGGUCACACAAUCCCAGCGAUCGGGCGAGUCUGUUGACCAGCUUCAAGCCCGGUCUAGAUCGACGACCCGAUUUGCUUGCCGAGACACCCAGCACACCCACACAACAGUUGCUGUCGCCCAGCGAGGAGUUAAACAACACCAAUAACAAUAACAACAACAACAACAACAACAGCAACAGUCAUGACAGCAGCCAGCAACUGUUGCAAUUCUCGGGCGAUGCUCCGCCUCGUUCUCGAGCUGGUCUCCUGUUGCCGGCGAUGACGCAAUCGCUGACGGAGCACAGUGCUGCGGAUGAUGGAGGCGAUACGACGCCGACGGCGGCACAGACGCCGGGAUCGCGCAGCAAACAGGGUAGUCCCUUCUAUGCGGAGCCAGCGGAUGCACUGCGUCAGGCGGGAUUCACCAGUGCAGCAGCUGCCAUUUUGAGGAGACAGCAACGCAGCCAAUUGUUGCCAGCCAAUCAGAGGCAUUCGGAGCCUUUAAAGGGAGGCGUGGCCACAACGGCAGCACCACUUUUACUGCCCGCCGACCUGGAGAAGCUGGCCGGCAGUUUGGAUGAACUGAAGCAGAAACCAAAGCCAUUGGCACAACAACCGCAGGCGAAACGUGGACGGAAUCGCAUCGAGCAUUGGCAGCUGGACAGCAGCUGGGAGUUUAUGGCCAAGCAGGAGACAAAUGGUGGAGGUGGAGGUGGAGUAGACUAUGACACUUCGGCCGAUUGGCAGGAGAAGGAGAAUUCGUUGGGCAGGGAUAAGGAUGCAAAUGGUUCCAAGAAGCGACCACUAACCGUACAUCAGAUCAUUGCCAAACGUUUGCCCGAUCUCAAUCUUCCCGAGCUCGUGCGUUGCUCGACGCCGCCCCAAGCAGCAACGGCGAUGACAACGAUGCCUCUGCAGACCCAAGAGAAGGAGAAACUAAAUACCGAUGGCAGCCAAAAGUCAUUCCAGAGCCAAAACGGUUGUCGCCUCUCCUCCUACGACAACGUGGAGCGCAAUUGUGCCGUCUUUUGUCAGACUUAUUACGGUGGCAUCGAUUCAGCUCAGUCCGAUGAUGGCACCAUUUUCUCAGAGCCCUGGGACUCAUCCCAGUGGGAUUCCAUCAUGCCCAUGCAGGAUGAUGCCACCAUGAACUCGGACACCAUUCAUCUGUCGAAAUGCCGACCGGCAUUAUCGGAGGAUGACACCAUCAUUGAGGAAUUCAGUAGCACCAAAGACGGCAGCAACAGCAGCUGCAACCAGGACACGCUCAAGGCUAACAAAAAUGGCAAUAGCGUCGGCGCAGGCGCUGGCAGCAACAACAACAACACCAACACCAACAAGGCAAUUAGACCUAAAGUGGCGACCAUAUUGAGAAAUCCAAGCAUGCGGGAUCGUGAGAUACUAUGUCACCCCCGCAACAAGAUCAAUGUACAGAGCGUGGGACCUGGAGACUCGCUGCGUGCAUAUACCCUGCAAUUGGCCCAAGAUCCGAGCUCGACAUUUGCCCGCAACAUUGAGAACUUUAUCAGUUGCACCAAGGAGUCAAGGGAGGCGGUGCCACAGGUGAUAAUGCGCAACAUGCGUCAGUUUAUGAGCGGCAUGAAGAACUAUCUGGUUAAGCAUGGCGAGGGUAAAUUCCAUGCCGAAUUGGAAUCGGCUCGGGCUCGUCUCAAGCCCGAUGAAUUUCUCAAUCUCGAUGCGAUGCUGGAGACGGUGAUGCAUCAGUUGGUGGUGUUGCCACUACGCGAGCAUCUCUAUGGCAUCUUUGUGGACUAUUACAAGCGCAGCGAGGACAUUCAGCUGUUGGCCCAGAAUGUUCGUUAUGCCUGUGAGCGAGAUGCCACAGAUUUUGGCAUACGUGCCACUGUGACGCCACCAUCACAGACCGCAUUGCGUCUGAUUGCCAAUCUGUUGUGGCGCCUGCAGGAGGCCGAGUUGCCACUCGAUAAACUGGAGCUCUUCCUUUGCGUCAUCUCAACGGUGUUCGAUGCAACGGGUUGUCCACGUGGCCAACAACUGGGAGCCGAUGAUUUCCUUCCCGUGCUGGUCUAUGUUGUGGCCAAAUGCGGAUUUGUUGGCGCCGAAAUCGAGGCCGAAUUCAUGUGGGGUCUGUUGCAACCGACGCUGCUCAAUGGCGAGCCGGGCUAUUACCUCACCGCCCUCUGCAGUGCCGUCCAGGUGCUCAAGACGUUCAUGGCUUCCGAGGGGGAGAGCGGCAGCGGUUCCCUAGACUGGCGUUCCAGCUGUCUGCCCGCCUGCUCCAGCGUGUUGCGAGUCAUCAUACCCGAUGAAUGCAAUGGAUCCUUGCAGACACGCACUUUGCCCGUGCGUCCGCAUACGACAACGCGGGAGGUGUGCAGGAUUAUCGCUCAUAAGGCGCGCAUUACGAAUCCGCAGGAUUAUGCACUCUUCAAGUUGGUCGAUGGCGAGGAGACGCUGCUAACUGAUGCCGAAUGUCCGCAGGAUGCGAGACUCGCUGCAAAAGGCAAACACUGUAUGUUGGCCUAUAAGAGAAUCGAUGCCAAGAUCGCUUGGCCAACAGCUGCUCAGCCGGGUAGUCAUUGAGCAAUUAUAAUCGCCUACCCUCAACCCUACAUCCAUCCUGCCCCUAUCUUGCUCACUAAUCACAAGCAUAUUUGAUUAAUAAUUUAUUAUUAUUACAUUAAAAUAUACUUAGUAGCCUGUAAGUAAAGCUAAUUAACGCUAAUACAUCUAAUGUGUACUAAACAACAACAGUAUUGAGUUAAGAGCGGUUUUUUUUUUUUUGGUCGUCAUCAUCAAUCAUCUCGUCAAUCAAUCAUCAAUCAAUCAUUUAAAUCAAAAACACACAACAAGCGAAAUGUAAUUGUUUGUUCAGAAUC